CUCAAUGCUCCCUCUCCCUCUCACUCUCCCUCUCCCUCUCCCUCUCCGUCUCUCUUGAUAUAAUUGAAUUGAUUGAUAGAGUCGGAUCAGGGUUUGAAUCGAAUGGAGAUGGACUAUUUCACGGAAUUUUCUCACAAUUACGUGGAUCGUCGUCCCCGAAAGAGGCCUAGGGUUGGUUGGGAAAUCCCUCAAGCCCAUCAGAAGGCUCAGUCAGGAAUUUUUAGUGGGCAAGAUGUUGGAAAUGGGACAAGCUUUCAACCAUCGAGGGUACUCACAGACAAUGCCAGUCUAUAUGUAAAGGGAUUAGCUCAAAAAGGAUCACCCCCUUGGCGAGAUGAUGACAAAGAUGGCCAUUACGUAUUUGCUCUCGGAGAAAAUUUAACUUCUCGCUAUAAGAUCCACAGAAAAAUUGGUGAAGGCACCUUUGGUCAGGUCUUGGAAUGUUGGGAUCGGGAGACAAGAGAGCUGGUUGCCAUAAAAGUAGUGCGGAGUAUUAGGAAAUACCGCAAAGCAGCAAUGGUUGAAAUUGAUGUGCUCCAACUUCUCCGAAAGUAUGAUGGGAAUGGAAGUCGUUGUGUACAAAUACGGAACUGGUUUGACUAUCGUAACCAUAUUUGUAUCGUGUUUGAGAUGCUUGGUCCAAGCUUAUACGAUUUUCUUCGGAAAAAUAAUUACCGCCCAUUUCCGGUUGAUCUUGUCCGCGAGCUUGGCAGACAACUUUUGGAAUGUGUGGCAUUCAUGCAUGAUUUGCGACUCAUCCAUACUGACCUGAAGCCUGAAAACAUACUUUUUGUUUCUCCAGAAUAUGUAAAGAUACCUGACUACAAGGUUACACUGAGGUCACUAACUGAGGGAGUAUGCUACAAGAGGUUGCCAAAAUCAAGUGCUAUUAAGGUCAUUGAUUUUGGCAGCACAGCUUACGAGGAACAAGAUCACAAUUAUAUUGUCUCAACUAGGCACUACCGUGCACCUGAAGUUAUCCUUGGUCUUGGAUGGAGUUAUCCAUGUGAUAUGUGGAGUGCCGGUUGUAUCUUGGUAGAGUUAUGCUCGGGAGAAGCUUUAUUUCAGACACAUGAGAACUUAGAGCACCUGGCCAUGAUGGAGAGGGUUUUGGGGCCAUUACCACCACACAUGUUGAAAAGAGCAGACCGGCAUGCUGAGAAAUAUGUUAGAAGGGGUAGGUUGGACUGGCCAGAAGGCGCAACCUCAAGGGAAAGCAUAAGAGCUGUUCUGAAGCUACCCCGCCUUCAGAAUCUAGUGAUGCAGCAUGUUGAUCACUCCGCUGGGGAGCUUAUUGACCUUCUGCAAGGUCUCCUUAGGUUUGAUCCCUCCAGCAGAUUAACCGCUCAUGAGGCCCUUAGACACCCCUUCUUCAGGGAUGACUACAGGAGAUACUAAGGAGAGUCUGGUUUGUUGAUCACCACAAACAGUGUUUGCACAUGUCCCCUCUUCUAGAUUGCACGUAUUCUUGUCUCAGUGAAGGGGCCUAACCAGGAAUCUUGGUUUUCUAUAAAGCUUUUGCUUUGGUUGAGCUUUUGUAAAUAAUCAAUUGUUUGGAGAAGCUCCAUGUCAAAUAAAUUUAUCCUGGCAAUAUAUGUUGUAGCAUUUUUCUUCUUGUAUCAAAGUAAGUCCACACAUUUUAAAGGGAGAGCUGUUUUUUGCGUUAUUCCUCAUCUCAUGGAGAAAGACUGUAUGCUUGCUUAAAAGACCUUGAUCAGGAACUUGUGGAAUGUCUGGUUUGUAGUACAACCAUAAACUUGUUGAAGUAUGUACUAAUUGUUUAAUUUUGUCUCUA